AUGGCCGAGUCCGUGGACUCCAUGCAUUUCGCAGCAAACAGCAAAACAAAUUCCCCCAAACCCCUGAUAGCCAAGCGGCCGCCGGAGAGCCGACCGCAGUCUUCCAGCGACAUUUACCCACCGCCCCCCAAGAAGGUCCGGGUGGAGGAGAAGGGCCUGAAGCACAGGAAACUGAACGGAGAGGUGUGCGCAGGGGAAAAACACAACGGGAAGCAGAGUUGUGGGAGCCCAGCGAAAUGGAGUUUCGGCCCGGCCAAGGCGAGCCACUCCGCCGCCGCCGCGGGGCCAGCGACUCCCGCUCGGAAAAUCUUCAAAAUCAGCAACUUCCUCGCAUCGCCUCUCAAAGUGAAGAAGGCGAAAGAGAAACGGCACAAGGAGAAGGAGAAAGGCGGUGAAGCGCAGCGGAGCUCCGCCGCGGGUGUGGAGAGAGUGAGCCCAGCUAGCUGCCAUACAAAGACCGAGAACGGCGACGUGAAAAUGCUACAGAAAGAUCAUCGUGUGAAGGAGAAAGACAGAGAGAAGAAGAAGAAUAAAGAGUGGAAGAAUCAUAAAUUGCCACCUGUACAUGACAUUGCAAGAGAAAACGGAGAAGUGAUUUCUUCACAGAAAGAGCCUAAGGAGAAACCCAAAGCUGGUUCAGAGGAAGACCUCCUGCUGAAGAAACUCAAGAAGAAGAAGAAAAAGAAGCACAAAGAUGGGGAGCGGGUGAAGGAGAGGUACAGCCCACCCAAAAUGUAUCAUCGCUCAUGCCAGACGGUGUGUUCAGGAGUGUCUCUGGGUCUGCCUGAAUUCCUCAGUCGAAUUAAUGGGAACAACAGCAUCGAUGGCAGCGGUCUACUCCACACCACCACUGCUCCACAACAACACCAUCAGGAUCCUCCUGUCACUGCUGCUACCUCCACCUCUAUCUCCUCCAUGGUCAGGGACAGGCUGGGCUACAACUCCCUGCUCCACUGCACUCCAGCGCCAGGCUUGCCCGGUCUAGAGUUUGGUCAUCUGAUCCACAUCGAGCAGCAGGCCAACGGAGGAGCGUCUGUGGUGCACGCCUACAGUGAGCAGCUCUCCUCUCUGUCUCCGGCUGAGAUACAGCGCUUCGCCCAGGAGUUUGUGACCCUCUCAUUCAGUGAGGACGAGGCCCAGGCUGCCUGUUUUGUGAUGGGUAUCAUCCAUGGAGCAGCGUCCUACCUCCCAGACUUCCUGGACUACUUCUCCUACAAGUUCCCCAACGCACCAGUGAAGAUGGAGGUGCUUGGGAAGAAGGACAUAGAGACCACAACCAUGGUCAACUUCCACUCUCAGGUGAAGCGGACAUAUUCCCAGGGAACAUACCGUGCCGGGGCCAUGCGGCAGGUCAGUCUGGUCGGGGCUGUAGAUGAAGAGGUUGGAGACUAUUUCCCAGAGUUCAUCAGCAUGUUACAGGAAUCUCCUUUCCUGGAGCGGACUCUUCCCUGGGGAACGUUUUCCAGUCUGCGGCUGCAGAGCCCCACUGAGAGUGACGACGGCCCCAUCAUGUGGGUCAGACCUGGAGAACAGAUGAUCCCUUUGGCGGACAUGCCAAAGUCACCCUUCAAAAGGAAAAGGUCCACCAAUGAGAUAAAGAACCUGCAGUAUCUACCCAGAGCCAGUGAGCCCCGGGAGAUGCUGUUUGAGGACCGGACAAGAGCCCAUGCUGAUCAUAUUGGUCAGGGGUUCGAGAGACAGACUACUGCUGCUGUAGGGGUGCUGAAGGCUGUACGCUGUGGAGAAGACAGUGACGCUCCUGCCCGGAUCACCAAAGAUGUUGUGUGUUUCCACGCCGGAGAUUUCCCAGAUGUGGUCAUGAGACUACAGCUGGACCUCCAUGAACCCCCGCUGUCUCAGUGUGUACAGUGGAUCGAUGAUGCCAAGCUGAACCAGCUACGGAGGGAGGGGAUCCGAUACGCCCGUAUCCAGCUCUACCACGAUGACAUCUACUUCAUCCCCAGAGGAGUUGUCCACCAGUUCAAGACUGUGUCUGCUGUCUGCAGUCUGGCUUGGCACAUCCGGCUCAAACAGUAUCACCAACAUGAAGAGAAGGAAGAGGAGGAGGAGGAGGAGGAAGACGUGAAGGGAGAGAAGUGUACACAUACAGAAGUCACACUUCAUGUCAAAGAGGAGGAGGAAGACGAGGAGGUAGAAAGGAAGGAGUGUCACCCUGCUGUACAUACAGUGACGAAGCUGGAGGAAGAGGACAAUGAGGGAGGGGAGGGGCCGCUCUCACAAACUCCGACACAGAUCUUCAAGGAGGAAGCGCAAGAGAACAGAGUCGACAUGAAGGAGUUGUCAACAGCACAUUCUGUACCUUUUGUCAAGAAGGAGAGAGACGAAGGUCUACUCACCCAUACACUAAUGGAACCCAAAGCCGAGGAAGAUGAGAAAGAGGAAGGUAAGGGAGCGGGAGAUAGAGGUGCAGACACAUACCAGACACUGCAGAAGGGCCAUGAGGAGGGUGAAGUGGAUAGUGCAUCCUUUAAGACACUACAGCACAUUAGGAAGGAGAAUGAUGUGGAGGUAGAGAGGCAGCAAAAGACGACUCUGCCAGGUCAAGGUCUAAAAGAGAAAACUAAAGAUAGUAUAACAACCACUUAUAACCCACCACCAAUCAAAAAGGAUAAGGACAAAGGAAAAAGAGAAAAAGAUGAAAGAGAAAGGCCUAAGGACAAGAAGGACAAGGAUAGGAGUAAAGAGAAGGAGAGGGAUAAAAAGGAAAGGGGGAAAGAAAAGGACAGAGAGAAGGACAGGAUGAGAGAGCAGGAGAAAGUUAAGGGCGAGGGAGGAAGAGAGGGUAGUACAUCAACGCAGCCUUUGCCACAGAUAAGGAAAAAAGAGGACGAGGAGCGGACAAGAGAGGGCAGUACAGCCUCUCAAACUUCCCUGCCUGCUCAGAGAGAUGAGAAGUGGGCCAAGGAGUGGGACUCAAAGACACAACCCCAUGUCAAGAGAGAGAGGGAGCAUGAUAAAGACAGGGGAGGCACACAGGCAGCAUCUCACUUGCGGCCAGACAAAGAGGAGGCUCGAGAUGCCUGCUCGCAUAAACACAAGUCUUCACAUGGGAAGAAGGAGAAGAGCGGCAACAGGGAGGGGAAAGAGAGCAACACGUCAAGUACGCAGGGAGUGCAGGCAAAGUCAGGGAGAGAGGACGGGAAGACGGGCACCCCCAAACCUUCGAACAUUCAGGUUAAGAAAGACGGGAAGAAGGAUAAGGACGUCAGCAGUAAGGACGAAAGGAAGAAGUCUUCUUCUGGUCCUACACCACCAGAACACAAGCCACCACGGACACUCAUCACCUUUGACCUCUUUAAGCCGAUGGAGGCUCACCAAACUCUCGCCCUUUCCUUCACAGACAGUAGACCUAAGACCCACCAACACAGUGACUCUCGAGGUUCUUCCUCUAAGCCUGGAUCUGACAGUCGGACAGUUGUGCCCUCUAAAGGACCAAAAGUAAGGGACUCAGUGCAGGGAAAACCUGCCACACCCCUACAGGACACUCGGCCCCAGCAGCACUCGUUAAAACAGCCCCUGAAAACACACACACCCCAAACACAGAAGGACUUCUUACUAUGAAUGUCUUGAUGUCUAGUCUUCUUUUUUUACUGUACAACUUACGCCAAGGCUUUGUUGAAAUAUUUGAAAAUGCAUCCUUCCUUCAGACACGAACUGUUCUUUCUAAUUUGUAAUAGAUGAGCGGGUGCAUUCCAUUCCUUUGCAGACACAGCCGCAUUACUCGAGUGAAAUAAUGAAACGAGGAUGCACUCUCCAAGUAUUUUAACAGUGCCUAAGAAUGUAAGCUAAGUAGCUCACUUCACGUUUGUUAGCGAUUGUAUGUAGGCUCUAUACAAAAUGUUAUGUGACCCGUGUGUCAGUGCCUGUGCACUACUUAGCUUCGCUCUUAAAGCACCUAUUUUAGGUACUGGACUAGCCAAUCUGAAAACAACCAUCCUUACUCCCUGCUGUAGGAAUGACCAACAUUCACUGUUUGGAACAUGUCAGCAAGUCACAGAGCUCCUGCUGAAAUCCUCUCAUUGCCAUGUUGCUUUAGUCGAUGGGGUUUGUUGAUUAUAACACUCCAAAUUCGGAGCAAGUAGUUGUUUUCAGACUGGACUUUGUUUGACUCACACAGGGCUGUAAAUGAUACUGUAUGUACCAAAACUGUACAGUAUAGAUGUUAUUAGCACCAAUGUGAGAAAAUGUAUACAGAAAUUGCAUAUAUUUUUUGUAAGACAAGUUUUAUUUUCCAUAGAACUUAUUUAUAUCAUUUACUGUCUGUUUUUAUUUGAAACCAAUGUAUGUGAAAAUUUUGUUGUAAAUACAUUUUAUUUCCUAAGAUAAGACUUGGUAGUGUGAUUUAUACUCUGAUCAGAACCUCUCAAUAAAUGGUUCAAAAUA